AUGAGACAAACCAUCUUCCUCAACAUUACCCAUCAUCGUCUCGAACUGCUCCAGUUUGAAACCAACCUCCGCCAUCUCCGACGACCUAAUCUAACCAGAAUUGUUGAGGGAGUAUAUAAAGAGGCGGCCUCCUCUGGCAACAACGGAGAACGUUCAUCAAUAUGUGAGGGCGACAGGGAAGGAAGCAAUCGUUGCUGGGUUUUACCACGAACGCUUAUGAGAGAGCCUCUCCUAAUGCUUAUGAGAAGCAUAGGUGUCCACUCUGGUUUGGUCAUUAAGGAAAGAAACAGAAGCAGAAACUCAAGCCUUCAAGGUCAUCUUCUGAAUUCAGCUCUUGCAACUGUCAUCGUCGAGCAAAUGUUACUGGUUUUGCUGUACCAAAAGAAGCACAGACUAAGGCUGCAGAGUUCAAUUAUAACGUCACCUAGCACAGGCUGA